GUUUUUUGUAAUUGUAAAAUACGGCUUCAAAUUGCAGGCCUGUAUCGCGCUAGUUUGCGUCUAUAAAACGGCUGCUUUUGCUAUCGUCAAAUAAGUCCUUUUCACAGCGUCCCAUAAUUUCCCUCCUCUUUGAACACGCUGGUUCAUGAAAAUGGUGAGCUCCACCACACAGAAUGGAAAGGAAGAAAUAAUGGCAAAAGAGGUAGAUGACAAAGAGGACAACAACAAUAAUGAUAGUCGUGAUGCUAAUGGAGACGAUGCAGCAGAGGAGGAGGAGGAAGAGGAAGCAGAAGCGGAAGCUGAAGAGGACGAAGACGAAAAGACCAAGGAGAUUGCCCUCUUUAAAGAGGGCGACAAGGUUCUUGCCUACCACGGCCCUCUCAUCUAUGAGGCCAAGGUUCAAAAAGCAGAGAUUCGGAAAAAAGAAUGGAAAUAUUUUGUACACUAUCUUGGUUGGAGCAAAAACUGGGAUGAAUGGGUUGGCCCAGAUCGCCUUAUGAAGAUCACGGAAGAAAAUGUACGAAAGCAGCAAGAGUUGAUCAAACACACAAGUGCUGACAAAAAUAUCAGGGGCCGUGCAGCACAAAACAGACCAAGAAGCUUUAUUGAUACAAGAGUGGAAAAAGAGGAUGUUAAGAAUUAUGUGGCCAGGGGUAGAAAGCGGAAAGGUGAUUCUGGAGCUGAGGAGAAAGAUGGAGAAUCUCCAGAAAAGAUUAUAAAGAUUCACUUGCCAACUACUUUGAAAAAGCAGUUGGUUGAUGAUUGGGAGUUUGUAACUCAGUUGGGUAAGUUGGUUAAGCUUCCACGUAACCCAACAGUGGAUGAUAUUUUGAGAAAGUAUCUGGAGCACAAGACCAAGAAGGAGGGCGCGGUUGGCGACUCAGUUGUGGAAAUACUAAGUGGUGUCCGCAGCUAUUUUGACAAGGCAUUGCCUUCAAUGCUCUUGUAUAAGCAGGAAAGGCAACAAUACAGCGAUGUAGUUCCUGAAGGCAAUAAUGUAGCUCCAUCAACUGUGUAUGGGGCUGAGCAUUUGCUUCGCCUUUUUGUGAAGUUGCCUGAGUUGUUAGUCUAUGUAAAUAUGGAAGAGGAAGCUUUGGCAACACUACAAACAAAGUUACUUGAUUUUCUCAAGUUUCUACAGAAGAAUCAAAGCAGCUUUUUCCUCUCUAGCUAUGAUGGGCCAAAAGUUACCUCUGAGGUUGAAAACAGAGAGCAGAAAGGUUCCUGACUUUGUGUCUACUCCCAGCAAUUUUGUUUCAGAGGGUUCUCAUUUUGCUGUGAAUUUUGGGUAGAGUGGAGUUCAGCAAGUUAUAUAACAUUUUCCAUGCAAGGUUUGGCCAUUGCUAUGCGGUGUUUGAUAUUUUGUGACCUGAGUGAUCAUAUCGUGUGGCCUCUUCUUUUUCAAGUCUGAACUUACAGUCUUGCUGAUUAGCCUGGUCAUGGAUGUCCAUACUGUAAAGCGUAUUUGCAUCUAGAUGUUAAACUUACACACAAAUAAUCUGAACUCUGUUUAAUUAUUACCAUACUAUUUGCAUACAUAGCUAACAAAUGUAGUAGGAAAUCCUUUCAGAGAAGUUUGAUUUGAUAUAAAUGUUGCUAAAAAUCUGCUAGAUGCAUAUCAUAAAAACAAAUUGGAAUUAAUAUAGAUGCUUCUUCCUUUUUGUUU